AUGCUGGUCCUGUUAAGAGAGAAGAUGGAGUUGGAAAGGACGGUGACUGAACGCUCGACCUCGAGUCGCCAUGAAAAAAGUUUGGGGCUCCUCACGAUGAAGUUUGUCAGUCUACUGCAAGAAGCUAAGGAUGGCGUUCUUGAUUUAAAAGUGGCUGCAGACAGUUUGGCAGUGAAGCAGAAGAGGAGGAUUUAUGACAUCACGAACGUCCUGGAAGGUGUGGGGCUAAUCGAGAAGAAAAACAAGAACAUAAUCCAGUGGAGGGGGCAGAACAACGGGAGCCAAAGUCAGGAGAUGUUGGAGCAGAUCAGAGUUUUAAAAGCCCACAUCUCUGAGCUCGAGGUUCAAGAGAAGGAGCUGGAUGACCAGAAGGCCUGGGUGGAAGAGAACAUCAAACACCUCAACCAUGAUCCAGACAUCUGUGCCUAUAAAUUUGUGACGCACGAGGACAUCUGCAAUUCUUUCAGUGGAGACACUCUUCUGGCUGUUGUGGCUCCCUCUGGAACCCAGCUGGAGGUGCCACGUCCUGAAAGGAGUAAAAGUGGUCAGAAGAAAUACCAAGUGAACCUGCGGAGCCACUCUGCUCCCAUCCAAGUGAUGCUCAUCAACAGAGAGUCCGGCUCCAGAGUCCCUGUGGUCUUUCCUGUACCACCCACCGACGACAUUUGUCUGAUGCCAACCCCGCCCAGCACGCCCGCCAGCCUGCAGAAGUUCCCCCUCCUAAACUGUGCUGCCACUACACCCAACCCCACCUUCUCCUGCAGCCAGGACUCCGUCUCCUCAGACCAGCAGAUGGUGCUGCCAGACCUAGAUGAAGAGCUGACUCCAUCUUCCACCCCUGGUGACGUGCAAAUGGAGUGUCACAGCGAGUCAGCAGCAGCAGUGUUGGAGCAGCAUCAAAUAGACCUGGAGGAUCCAGAGUUCCAGUCUGUUCUGGACGUUAGCAGCCUGCUGCGGCUCAGCGCAGGCGCUGACAGCAUGAGGGACGACAGAGAGGGAGCUGUUGACCUUAUUGAUGAACUAAUGUCUUCUAAUGGUAUAGACUACAGCUUCAAUCUGGAUGAUGGUGCAGGAGUGUGUGACCUGUUUGAUGUGCAGAUCCUCAAUUACUGAUCUCUGCUGCCUGCCACAACUCUGCUGCCCUCAUUUCACACACCUCCAAGAAAUAUUUCCUGUUAUGUUGUUAUUGCACAGUCAGUGCUUCAUAUUGUUGCCUUAAAACAAAAAAAGACACAUCUUUAGACUGCACAGCUGUGCAUCAGACACGAUACAGUGACUUUUGUCAAUGACACCUGGCACCUGAAUGCGUUCUUCAACAAAUAUAUACAUAUUUUUAAGGAAGCCACAUUUGAUGUCUUUACUAAGACUUUAAUGGUUUUCUGGGUAAAUAAAAAAUUCCAGACAGAUAACGUGUCUUAGAAGUAAAGUAAGAUUAAUCCUACAGCCUCAUUAUAUUUUUCCUCAUCCACAGGCUUUUUUUUUUUUGCCUAUUUUUCUUAUUCUUUUGCGGCUGGUUUUAUUUCUUUAUUUCAACCAAGGUUGGAAAUCCAAGCUCUUUUUUUAAUUGAAAAGCAUCAUUUGUUUUACAGUUCUGAUUCAGAAACAUCUGAUAUUUAAGGAAUAAAUGUUUUGGUGUCAUUUUGUUACUUAUUAUUGAGGGGGGGGGGGGAAAGCCAGAAACUUUUUUCUAUAUUAAUGACACUGCCAGUUUAUGCCUCCCUUUUUCACAGCUGUAUAUAUUUAACUACAUUUUAUUCUUAAUUUAAGUUAAAAAAGCUAUUUGUUCUAGUGUUUUGUAACUGAAACUAGGUUAAAUGUCUUCAUUUAAAUAACUGAGUUUGCCAUUUUUCUAAAUUGAUGACUAUUCAGAGCCCUGAAUGACAUUUCUGUGUAUUUAUGUUUUCUAAUUAAAAGAAGUCAUGUUUCGUUGCACAUAGUCAUUUUUUAAAAUAGUUUUUCCUGACUGAAGUUCAAUGGUGGGACUGUUUGUGUUGCUGUGUUGGAGGCAGAUUUGCUGUGUGAUAUUCCCAUUGUUCCAGUUUUGACUUUGUUAAUCACUUUAGUUUUUUGUUUUUGAGAAAUAAAAGUAAAAAUACAUUUUAUAAACUGAGUUGAGAGGCACAUAAGUUGC